CCUUCCGUUUACACCAUUUACAUGGGAAAAGAUAAGUACGAAAAUGAAGACCUAAUAAAGUAUGGCUGGCCUGAAGAUAUCUGGUUUCAUGUGGAUAAGCUCUCUUCCGCGCAUGUGUACCUUCGGUUACACAAGGGGCAGACGGUGGAUGACAUUCCUAAAGAAGUUUUGAUAGACUGUGCCCAUCUAGUGAAGGCGAAUAGCAUUCAAGGUUGCAAGAUGAACAACGUCAACGUGGUGUACACGCCAUGGACUAACCUGAAGAAGACUGCAGAUAUGGAUGUGGGGCAGAUCGGCUUUCACAGGCAGAAGGAUGUGAAAAUGCUGACAGUGGAGAAGAAGGUGAAUGAGAUCCUGAACCGGCUAGAGAAGACAAAAGUGGAGCGCUUCCCAGACCUGGCUGCUGAGAAGGAAGCCCGGGACAGAGAGGAGAGAAAUGAGAAAAAAGCCCAGAUCCAAGAGAUGAAGCGGAAGGAAAAGGAAGAGAUGAAGAAGAAGAAAGAGCUGGAAGAACUUAGGAGCUACUCAUCAUUAAUGAAGGCUGAGAACAUGUCCUCCAAUCAGGAUGGCAACGAUUCAGAUGACUUUAUGUAAAUAAAGUCUCUCUCCUUUCUCAAUCAUGAGGUGGUUUGGGAUGUCUUAAUAUGUCACCAUCGCUAAGAAUGCCAAAAAAAACCCAAAAAAGUGAACUCUGACUCCAUUUCUUCAGAACCUGGUUGGUUCUCCUGGCAGCCUGACCAGCUCUGUGCCAUGGACAACUUCUGAAGGGAGAAGAUCUAUAUGUCUGCACAUACAUCUCGUUUUUUCAGGGACAUGGGUGGAAGGAAGCAGAACUGACUUUCAGUUCUAUAAAGACAAUGAUAUUUAUUCUAG